CCGUUACAGAUCUCAGGUGUCUCUGGGAGAUGCGAAACCCCAAAUUCGGAAAAAGUCCCGCCAGUGUAUGAAGUUCAACUAAACUCGUCAGCAAGUUUCAGCGCAAUAGAUGAUCCACGCGUGAAAGGAAUGAUUCUGUCAGACCAUGGACAGAUGAUUCAGGGCCUUCUUGAUGAACCAACGAUAAAUCUCCACACGUCUUGUAGCCCACAUAGCGGGCUUUCAACGCGUAAAUCUUGCGGAAGUUCUGCACAGGUUCCUUGUGUCCUGGAUAUUACCGUAUACGGUCCCUGGGAGCUAUUUGAGCAGCUUGGAAUCUGGUUCCAGGAGUAUGGGGUGUACCUCCAGGAUCCCCGAGCAUGCCAUAUGGACGUCAAAUACUGCAACCCUCACCGAUUGUCAUCGGAUGACUUUGACUCGUGUCUCUUGCUUUCUCAAGUCGUAUCUCAUACGAACACAUCGUCUUACCUUCAGGAUAUCACAGAAGGACCUGAGUUGCUAGAUAUGCUAAGCAGCAAUGUUGAGCUGGCGGAGACUCCGCAGCCAAAGGCAAUACAGGCAACUCUCCAAAGUUACUGUAAAUUGACGAGUUCCAGCCACCAAAAGAAAGCAUUGACAUUCCUCCUCCGCCGAGAGAAGGGAUGGGCUUUCGACGCUCAUCCUUCGGAUAUAUGGGGAAUGGUAGAUAGAGACCAGGGGCGAAUUUUUGUGAACAAGAUUUCCUCUACUUACCAGUCUGAAGCACCUCCACAGUUUUAUGGAGGCAUCAUCGCUGAUCCAAUGGGCCUUGGGAAAACGUUAACCAUGAUUGCUCUAGCAGCAACAGACCUCGACACCAAUACGAACGGCGAGGCCUACAUGUCGAUUGAUGAUGAGGGAAACUAUGCUGUCCCCACCACUCUCAUAGUUGUACCUCCACCGCUUCUAGGCACCUGGGAAGAGCAGCUGACAGAGCACGUUGUAGCGGGUAGCAUGGAAUGGCGUUGCCAUUAUGGGAAAAAGAAAUUUGUUGACAAAUAUGAGCUCGAUUCCGUAAACGUGGUUUUGACCACAUAUCACACCGUAUCUGCCGAGUGGAAGACUGGAAAUUCCAUUCUUUUCUCAAUUCCGCAUUAUAUCCGAAAUGGGAAUUCGAGGAUGGCUCAGGCAGUAUGCGCUCUCGACUCCAUCUCCCGGUGGGCUGUCACCGGUACACCGAUCCAGAAUCGUCUCGGCGAUCUUGCGACGCUCCUCAGAUUCAUCAGAGCUCACCCUUAUACCGAUCCUAAGGUGUUCGAUGCUGAUAUAUCCCGCCUCUGGAAGUCCGGAGGGGAUGAGGAAGCCGUAAGGCGGUUAAAGCAUCUUUCGGCCUGUCUGUUGCUCCGUAGGCCCAAAGCAACAAUUAAUCUUCCCCAAAGAAGAGAUAUGCGAUGCCCUGUCGAUUUCAGUCGCGAGGAAAAAGCGCUAUAUGAGGAGAUACGUGAGCAGGCUGCCACGAAAAUCGAGGAGGUGCUUCAAAAUAACUCGGAAGCGUCGCGUGCAGGCGGCUUCGUCAACGUUCUACAGCAGAUUGAAUCACUACGACUUGUCUGCGACUUGGGCAUUCAUUAUCACUCAAGGCACCAAGAUCUCCAGCAAUUGACAGCUGAAGCCACUGAUUGGGCCAGUGUCGCUCAGGAGACGUUCAACGUUCAACGAGGGAUGGGUCCAAUCGUCUGCGCACAAUGCUCAUCAACCCUAGAACUGUCCGAGGCUCUUUUUGAUGAAUCAAACCCAACGCACACAAGUCCAGAGUUUUCCCGUUGCUUGAGAUUUGUUUGUGGCGACUGCAUGCACAAGAUGGGCCGGGCUAGCCGUAUAGCUGUCUGCCGCCACAAGCCAUCAUGUCCAAUAGCACCAGUGUCUACAAGCACGAGUGUCUUUGAGGAUGUCUCAAGUCUCACCUCGCCGCAGAUAAAAUUUCCUUCCACUGGACUGCCAUCCAAGGUGAAGGCCCUAGUCGCUGAUAUCAAGUCCCUGCCUCCAGGCACUAAAUGUCUCACGCUUACUGUGGCUUCGCGAGCGUAUCUCAUGGAGCCACACUGGAACCCAACUCUCGAAGAGCAAGCUCUCGCGCGCAUUCACCGAAUCGGCCAGGCGCAAGAAGUGACGACUGUGCGGUUUUAUAUGCGGGAUUCAUUCGAAGAGCAUGUCAUGGAAUUGCAAGAGUCCAAGAAAAACCUUGCCGGAGUCCUGCUCUCGCCUCAUGACGGUGGGCGCAUGGACGAUAGCUUAGGAACACUGCAGGUAAGUGAUUGGUGUAACAUAUUGGUACAGAAUGGUCUGUCUGAUGCAGCUAUAGCGACUGCGUUUACUGCUUUAGUACCGGAUAGAUACAGAGCGCAGUAG